AUGAUGCGGUUCAUGCUUCUGUUCAGUCGUCAGGGGAAGCUGCGUCUGCAGAAGUGGUACACGGCCACAGGAGACAGGGACAAGAAGAAGAUGGUGCGAGAACUCAUGCAGAUCGUCCUGGCUCGCAAACCCAAGAUGUGCAGCUUCCUGGAGUGGAGGGACCUCAAGAUUGUGUACAAGAGGUACGCCAGCCUGUAUUUCUGUUGUGCGAUAGAAGAACAGGACAACGAGCUCAUCACACUCGAGAUCAUCCAUCGCUUCGUCGAGCUCCUGGACAAAUACUUUGGCAGCGUGUGUGAGCUGGACAUCAUCUUUAACUUUGAGAAGGCGUACUUCAUCCUGGACGAAUUCUUGAUGGGAGGAGAGAUCCAAGACACCUCCAAGAAGAGUGUCCUCAAAGCCAUCGAGCAGGCGGACCUGCUGCAGGAGGAGGAUGAGUCGCCCCGCAGUGUUCUGGAGGAGAUGGGUUUGGCGUAG